AUGGACGCCAGGAUGCUGUCCUUCAUUGUGGGCCUCUUCUCCCUCUUCAACACCAUCCAGCUCUUCAUCUUUGACCUGAACCAGAUGACGUAUAUUGGCUACCAAGACAAGUUCCACAUCUACAAGACUACAGAUUCUGCGCUGGACUCUUGGGUCAUGAACAAAAGGAAGCUCAUCAACACCGUCCUGUCCGUCAUCACUGUGGCCGUCAGUUGCCUCCUCCUCUACUGUAUCCACCACAACGUCUACACGGGGCUGCCGAUCUACGCCGCGUGGAUCGUGCUCUACGAGUGCAUCCACCUCUCCAUAGUCAUACUCCUCCACAAGAUCAUCAAAAACCAGUUCAGGGAGCUGAGUCACUUGUACUUGGUCUUCCAAGUCUCGCGGAUGAUCCUGCACUUCUGUGGCCUGCCCUGCGUGGCCACGCACGGCUAUUCCAUCUACAAGGACUCCAGGAUCUUGGGCAAGCCCGGCCGCCGCAGGCACUCCUCCAUCAGCACCAUGGACUCGUGGCCACCGGUCGGUCAGGGAAUGUUGUACCGCAAGUUAAACUAA